AUGCGUCACAAUAAAAAUAAAGAUAAUUUUAAAGAUUUGGGAAAAAAAAAAAAAAAUAAAAGAAGUUUGUCUCUACUUAUUCCGAAUUAUGAAAACAAUAUUAUAAAUAAUAUAAAGUUAGCUGAUAAAAUUUAUAAACUAACAAUUGCAAACAAAACAGAUGAAUCAGAUGAUGAUAAUAAUAAUAUUGAAGAAUAUAGACAAAAAUUAAAAAAUGAAAAAAAAAAAAAAAAAAACGUCCCAAAAAAUAAAACUAAAAAUUUAUAUAGAAGAAGUAUAAGUUGUGAUAACUAUGAUACUUCGGAUACAAACAAUAAUGUUAAUGAAAUUAAAACAAAUUAUAAAAAUCAAAAUAUAAAAAUUAUUUAUGGUGAUAAUGAUUAUACAAACAAUGUAAUUCUUAAUCAAUGUAAAAAUAAAACCACUAAGUUCAGAAAAACAAAUAAAGACAAAACAUCACAUAAAAAUAGUUCAAGAGGGAUUCUAAAAAAGGGAAAAGAAGAAGAAGCAGAAGAAGAUGACGAAGAAGAUGAAGAAGAUGAUGAAGAAGAUGAUGAGGAAGAUGAUGAUGAUGAUGAGGAAGAAGAUGAUGAUGAUGAGGAAGAAGAUGAUGAUGAUGAGGAAGAUGAUGAUGAUGAUGAAACGGACAGACAGAAUAGUAAGGGCAGAAACAGAGAAGAUAAAAAAUAUAUAAGAAUGAAAAAAAAAAAAAAAAGUAAAAAAAAAAAAAAGAGAUGUAUAACCAGAAUUAAAUCUAGAACCCUAAGUGAUAGUUAUUUUGAUCAAAAAAGAAAAAAAAAUAUUCGAAAAAUAAAAAGAGGGAAAUGUAUAAAUAAAUAUUUAGAGAGAAGAAGAGAAGAAUAUGUAAAAGAAUACAGUGAACCAAUAAAUAGAAAAAGUGAAAAUUAUAUAAAUUAUGAAAAUGAACAAUAUUUAAAUAAAAAUAAUGAAAGACGACGAAAAGAUGAUACAAUAAAUAUAUUUGAAGAAGAAUCUAAAAAAUAUAAUAAUAAAUUUAUAGAGUUUAAGAGAGAUAAUUCUUUAUAUAAAAAUUAUAAUAUUGUAAAAAAAGAAAUAGACAUAAAUUUUUUAUUAAAUAUGAAAGAUAUAAUUUUAAAAAUUCAUUUAAAUAUUCAAAAUAUUAAAGAAACUAUAAAACAUAAAAAUGAAUAUAUAAAAAAUUUAAUAGAUACAUCAUAUAUUAAUAUUGUAGAUAAUAUAAAAAGGAAUGAAAUAAAAAAAGAUAAUUUCUACAAACAAAUUUUUCAUGAUUUAUUUACAUUGCUAAAUGAAUUUAUAUUAAUUGAUGAUUAUACUAAGCAAUUUUUUUUUAGUAUAGAAUCUGAAAUUAGGCGAAGAUGUUUAAAUAAUAUUAAAAAUGAAUUUUUUAAUUUUAUAAAUAAAUAUCUUAAAUCUGGAGAAAAUAAAAUGAAUUACAAUUCAAAAUGGUUAAAUAUGGGUUCUAUUCAUGAUCAACAUAUUUUUAAUCAAAAUAAUAAUAUACAAAUUCAAGAUUCUGAAAAUAAAAGAAAUGCUUUAUAUUCUUCUUUAUCUAUUCAUGGAUCAAAUAACAAUAAAGAACAUCUAAUUAAAGAUAAUUCAGGAAAUAUAAUUAGAAUCAAUAAUUCAAAUUUUAUGUCAAGUAAUUACAAUAAUAUAGGAAUGAUGGGAGGAAGAAAUGGUAAUAGUAAUUAUUUUCUUUGCAAUAAAUUUUCAAAAAAUGAAGAAGAUAAUUUUGUUAAGAUAGACAGAACAAGAGAUGACUUUAUUUUGAAAAAUAGAAACUCAGAUCUACAAUCUUUUCAAAAUGACCAAGAAGAUGCAAAUAUUGAAUAUUUAAAAAAGCUUUUAAAAAAUGAAAAAGAAAAAAAUUUUAAGUUAGAACUAGAAUAUGAUGAAUUGAAACAAAAAUAUUCAAUACUUGAAAAGAAAAAGAAAAAGAAAAAAAAAGAAGCAGAGCAAGAAGAAGAAAAAAAAGAAGAAGACAGUGAGCUGUUUAAAAAUAUCUGCGCAUCAAAUAAUUAUUCACAAAAUAUAGAUAAACAAAUUUAUAAAAGCAAAUCAUUUAUUAAAUUAGAAGAAAGGAAGCUUGAGGAAUCAUCUAAACAAAUUGCUGAAGAAAAUAUUAAAUUGCUUAAAAAAAAAGAAAUAAACGAUCAAAAUAAAAAGGAGAUAGAAAAUGACAUGGACCAGAUUGAAAUGAAAAAAAAAGAAAUAGAAUCAUCGAAUGAAGAGAUAAACCGAUCAAAAAAAGAAAUAGAAUCAUCGAAUGAAGAGAUAAACAGAUCAAAAAAAGAAAUAGAAUCAUCGAAUGAAGAGAUAAACAGAGCAAAGAAAGAAAUAGAAUCCAAAAAUGAAGAGAUAAACAAAGCAAAAGAAAAAAUUGAGGUCGAAUUAUGCGCUCUUGAUAAAAAAAGAAAAGAAAUAGCAGAUGAAAAUGAUGUGAUAGAGAAAAGGGAACGAGAUAUAAUAGAUGCAAAAAAUAUGAUUGAAGAAAAGGAAAAGGAAAUAAAAGAAUUAGAUAUUUUAUUAAGUGAAAAAAAGAAAAAUUUAGAAGAUCUAGAAAAUGAAAUAAAUAAAAAAGUAGAUGGAAUAAAAGAAGUAAGAAAAGAGUUGAGUGAAAAAAAAGGAGAAUUAGAUGAUGUAAAAAAUAUGUUAAACGAAAAAAUAAAAGAAUUUGAAACAAUAGAGGAAAGACAAAAAUUAAAAAAUACAGAUAACGAAAAUAUAAAUAUAUAUAAUAAAAAUACUAAUUUAGAAUCAUAUCAAAUUGAAAAGAAUGAAUCUAAAUUAUUGAAAAGUGAAACAGAAUUAAAAAAUGAAGAUCAUAUUUAUUAUGACAAUCAACAAAAUAUCUCUUUCACGAAUAAUGAAGAGAAUAAUUUUGAUAAAAAUGAAAAAAUGAAAACUAAUACUAUAUAUGUAGAAGAAAUAAAAAGAGAAUGUUUUAAUAUGAAUAGUAUCGAUAUAAGCAAUAUUAAAUGUGAAGAUGAUAUUAUGAUAUUAAAGGAAAAAAUAUUAGAAAAAAAUAAAUUAAUAACUAAAAGAGAAGAAGCUUUUAUUGAGGAAAAAAAUAAUUUUUUAAAACAAGUUAAUGAAUUAAAUAUAUUAAAAGAUAAUGUAUCUAAGCAAAUGGAAAUAAUAAAAAAACAAAAAGACGAACUUAAUAAAAAAGAAGAAGAAUUGAAUCAAAGAGAAAUAUAUAUAACACAAUUAAAAGACAGAAAUGGUCCAUUAAAUGAUGCAGAAAUAAAUCAGCCAAAUAUAAAUAUGUUAACAAGUUUGGAUAAAACCGAUUCUCAAUUGGAUAUACAUGAUACUACAAAUUUAAGAAUAAAUAAUUGUGAAAAUCAAAACAGUAUUAUUAACACAUAUAAUCAUAGUGAUAAUAAUAAUAUAAAUCAGACCCCAAAAAAUAAUAGAAGUGAAAAUUUUAUGCAAACAUCUCAAAUGCCAAAAAAUGUUAAUUAUAUUUCAAAUUAUACAAAAGAUAAACCAAUUAAUAAUAUAGAAGAAAUUAGUGAAAUUCUAAAUAGUAGUUUAAAAGAAGUCGAAAAAUAUAAACAUUUAUUAAAAGAUAGAGAAUUAACUAUUAGCUCAUUAAAAGCUCAAGUAGAAAAAAAUAUGUCCAAAAAUUAUUUAUGUAAAUCUGAUACUUCAAUAAUAACACAAUCAAUACAAGACAAUUCCUCUGAAUUAAUGGAGAGUAAAAAUAAUUUUUCAGAAAUUUCUCAUGAUUCAAAAUUCGAUAAAUCAAAAAAUUGUAUUCAAAGUGAAAAACAGAAACAAGGAAUCCACUUUUUAACAAAUUCGAAUAAAAUUGAUGAGAAAAGCUUUGUAGAUAUAACAGAAUUAAAUGAACAAGUUAAUGCCAAAAAUUUGAUAAUUAAAGAGUUGAUAUCUAUAUACAAAGAAAUAAGCAACAUAAAGGAAGAAUAUAGCAAAACUGUUCUUAAAAAAAAUGAAUUUAUUGAUGGGUUGCUGCUUAAAUUCUUCAAUGAUUUACAAACAAAUUAUAAACUGAAAGAGAAUUAUUAUCAAAAAGAGGCAAGCAAAAGAAAUGCUAUUAUACGAGAAAAGGAUACCCAAAUAAAUGAGCUUAAGAGCGCACUGGAUGAUAAAAAGAUAAAAGAAAUAUCGUAUAAAAAAUUGCUUUUAAAAAUGAACCAAAUAAAUGAUUCCUAUAAGUUAAAAAAUAAAAGAAGCCUUUCCACUGUAGAACUGCUAAAGCAAAAUAUAAAGCUUUUAAAUCAAGAUGCCUUAAAAAAAAAUGAGAUAACUAAUAAAUUUAAAGCCGAGCAAUGA